AUGGAACUUAGAAGUAAGACUUAUUAAGGAAUAAAAACCCCGGUCCUGAUGUUGCUAUUUGAUAUGACAAUGCUUUUUGCACUUUUUUUUAGCAGUGAAUAUUUCGCAGACUUAGAAUCGGUCGAUACUAUUUCAUUCUGGAUUAUACGUAAUUCUAAUAGAUAGCCCUAGAAGUGGGUGAAUUGCCCGUUAAAAUCACAAUUUGACCAAAAUUAUUAAUUUGGUACAACUGAUUGCUAUCUCAGCGGGCAAUCUACCCACCUAUAGGGCUAUUAAAAGUAAUUUUCUAUAUUUCUAUUCUAAAAGUUUUCUUAUACUCCUUAACAAGCUUGAAAAACCCUGGCUUUAUCAACUACCCAAUAACAAAUACAAACCUAGACAAAAACAACGCCAAAACCAUCGAGCAGGCUUCUCAAGAUUUUUCAAUAGAAGUGAAAGAAUGCAAAAAAACAUUCGGAAAUCCUACAUCUGGGCUAUCCUUUAUUGCUCUCAAUGAAGAAAAUCCCCAGGACUUAUUAGCAAAGCCUGAAAAGUGCUUGUCAACAAUCCAAGAUAGUGAUCGUCCAAAAGAGCCUCACAAUAAUGGAGAUCAAGAGAUCAACUCUUACCCUCAAGAAAUCCAUGAAGAAGAAAUAGAAACACAGCGAGACAGAGACAAUGAAAGCAUCAUAAAAAUUGAACCAUCAGAGGAUAUUAUUAUAGUAGAAACCAGAUUUUGCACGGUCUGCAACCUAGAGCAGCCUAUCCGCGCAAAACAUUGUAAAGAGUGCCGAAGAUGUGUAGCUUUGCAUGACCAUCAUUGUCCAUGGCUAGGCGUUUGUGUAGGAGAGAAAAACAGGUUUUAUUUUUACUGAUAUUUAGUUGUCCAAUGUAUACAGCUGUGGUGGGCUAAUAUUUGGGUAUAAGUUAUUUAGAAUAUUCUCAGUUUUGAGUCAAGCUCUUCUGUUAUAUAUUGGCUUGUGGAGAAUUGGCUUAGACUUUUGCUUAUGAUUGUACUAUUGUUUUUCACACUGAUGGUUACUUGUUUAUUAGGCUUUCACAGCUAUCUUGCCCUGCACAAUGUAACUACUUGGGAAAUCAUGUCUUGAAGCAAAAUUUCCUAUUUAAAAAACUGGCCGGAAGGCAGCCAAAGUCCUUUCAGCAAAGGAUUUGUAGGAAACCUAUACCAAUACUGCUGCGAAAAGCUCCCGGAAAGCUAUCGAGUGUGGGAAAUACCCCGAAUUGUUAAAAAUAAAGAAAAUAUAUAG